AUGUCUCAAGACUACUUUGGAUGGUCCCUCACAAGGAGCAACAUGAGGAGCAACACGAGGAGCAACACGACCACUGUGGCCCUGAACAAUGCAGCAGAUAUCUCCGUCAUUGUGAUUUACUUUCUGGUUGUGUUGGCUGUCGGAGUAUGGGCGAUGGUUCGCACCAACCGAUCCACUGUCGGUGGCUUCUUCCUCGCAGGGAGGAGCAUGGUGUGGUGGCCGAUCGGAGCGUCACUAUUUGCCAGCAACAUCGGCAGUGGCCACUUUGUAGGAAUCGCUGGGACUGCAGCGGCCUCAGGAAUAGCCAUUGGUGGAUUUGAAUGGAAUGCUCUCAUCGUGGUUGUCAUUCUGGGAUGGAUCUUUGUGCCCAUCUACAUUAAAGCUGAGAUCAUCACCAUGCCCGAGUACCUGAAGAGGAGGUUUGGGGGUCAUCGUAUUCGCAUCUAUCUCUCUGUGCUCUCCCUCUUCCUGUAUGUCUUCACCAAGAUCUCAGCUGACAUGUUCUCUGGUGCAAUCUUCAUCAACCAGGCACUUGGACUGAAUAUCUACCUCGCUGUUAUCAUGCUACUAUCGAUCACCGCCUUGUACACCGUCACAGGUGGAUUGGCCGCCGUGAUCUAUACAGACACCCUACAGACCAUCAUCAUGGUUGUUGGAUCCUUCAUCCUUAUGGGCUUUGCUUUCAAUGAGGUGGGAGGCUAUGAGCAGUUCCAGGAGCGCUACAUGGAGGCAGUCCCUUCUAUGACGGGUAACAUCAGUGCAAGUUGCUACGAGCCUCGGGCGGACUCCUUCCAUAUUUUCAGGAACGCGAUAACGGGAGACCUGCCCUGGCCUGGCCUGGUGUUCGGGCUCACCAUUCAGGCCACUUGGUACUGGUGUACUGAUCAGGUCAUUGUCCAGCGCUGCCUCUCAGCUAAGAACUUAUCUCACGUGAAGGCCGGCUGCAUCCUAUGUGGCUACCUGAAGCUGCUGCCCAUGUUCCUCAUGGUUUUCCCUGGAAUGAUUAGUAGGAUCCUCUACCCCGAUGAGGUUGCGUGUGUGGAGCCAGAACUAUGUGAGAAAUACUGUGGGGCCAGUGUGGGCUGCACCAACAUUGCUUAUCCCAAACUGGUGGUGGAUCUCAUGCCCAAUGGUCUGCGAGGUCUUAUGCUGUCUGUGAUGAUGGCCUCACUGAUGAGCUCACUUACGUCCAUCUUCAACAGUGCCAGUACUCUCUUUACAAUGGACAUCUACACUAAGAUCCGCCAAUCCGCCAAUGAAAAGGAACUCAUGAUUGCCGGCAGAGUGUUUAUCUUGGUCCUGAUUGGUGUGAGCAUAGCGUGGAUCCCUGUGGUGCAGUCGGCCCAGAGCGGUCAGCUCUUUGACUACAUCCAGUCCAUCACCAGUUACCUCACACCACCCAUUGCAGCUGUUUUCCUGCUGGCCAUCUUCUGCAAACGUGUCAAUGAGGCUGGUGCGUUUUACGGCCUCACUAUUGGCCUGCUCGUCGGCCUGUCCAGGAUGAUAGCCGAGUUUGCGUACGGCACGGGCAGCUGCGCCAAUCCCACCAACUGUCCCACCAUCAUAUGCGGCGUCCACUACCUCUACUUCUCCAUCAUCCUGUUUGUGGUGUCCUGUAUCAUCAUCCUGGGCAUCUCUCUCAUGACAAAACCCAUCGCAGACAAACACCUGUAUCGACUUUGCUGGAGCCUGAGGAACUCGACGGAGAAGAGAGUGGAUCUGGAGAAGGACGACUGGGUUCAAAACAACGAUACUGACUCUUUGGAAUUAGAAGAACCUGAGGAGGAUCCCAGCUUCUGCAAGAAGGCAGUGAUGCUCUUCUGUGGCCUGGAGCAGAAAAACGCCCCCAAGCUGAGUCCGGAGGAGCAGGCGGAGCUGCAGAAAAAGCUCACCGACACCUCAGAGAAGCCUCUAUGGAGGAACAUCGUCAACGCCAACGCCAUCAUUCUCCUGUGCGUGGCUGUUUUCUUCCAUGGGUUUUACGGUUAA